AUGACGUUAAUAAGAGUGAAUAAAAUGGGGCAACCAACUUGAUUUCCAGCAAUAGUUUGAACUCGGAUUGAAACUGUAGCCAGAAUUAUGGCAAUGAGGCAAACAGUUUUUACAGGGACCCUAUUGGUGGUCAUUCUCGUCGCGACAUCGCUAAAUUCAGUUCUUGGUCAGGCUGAUUUCGGCUAUGGAUGUCGGGAAGCAGACCUUCCCAACGAGAUUCGACGUGAUUGUCAUCCCGAGCCCAACGCGUCAGAGGGAGCAUGUCGAGAGAGAGGGUGUGUUUGGUGUGACAAAACGGAAACUUGGCCUGGAUUCCCCGCAUGCUUUUUCCGAGACGCUAUUUAUGAACCACCCGGUCUAACAUGCGACACUGGAUACCACCCAGCACUCGAUAGGGUCGACUGUACCACCGGGGAUGAACCAAUUGAUGAAAUGAGUUGUCGAUACCGGAAUUGUACAUGGUGCCCUUCACUUCCCAAUGCCAACAUUCCGUGGUGUUUUCAAUCUGCUGCGCUGGAUAAUACGGGUUAUCAAGUAGUUGGACAACCCGUGAAUACAACAAACGGUAUUGUAAUCAACUUGUCAAAGACUUUUAAUAAUGGAAGACGAUUUUGGGAAGGAGAAGCAAGCAGUCUCAUAUUCGAAGCCGAGUUCCAAUCGGAUUACAGGUUGAGAGUUAAGAUAACUGAUGGUUCUCCAAGAUUUGAGGUGCCCCUAGAAAUCCAGCCGGCUUCGGGAGGAAAUGCAAACCCACUGUACGAAUUUCAGUUCACGCCCUCCCCAUUUUCCUUCCGGGUGGUACGACGCUCCACUGGAACCGUGCUCUUCAACUCGGCCGCAGGAAAAUUAUCCUUUGCUGACCAAUUUCUGUCAAUGACAUGGAAUCUCCCGUCAGAAAAUGUGUACGGUAUUGGUGAAAAUGAGCAACGCAAGUUCAAGCACGAUUUUUCUGAAAGAAUGGAAUGGCCAAUGUGGGCGGCAGACCAACCUCCUUACCACACCACUGCCUUGUAUGGAACACAACCUCACUAUACCGUGAUUGAGAGGGAUGGCAAUGUUCACGCAGUUGCGAUUGUGAACAGCAACUCGCAAGAAUGGCACAUCAUACCAGGUCCAAUGAUUAAAUAUAUUACCAUUGGAGGAAUUUUCGACAUGUAUUUCUUCCUUGGACCAACUCCCGACGAUUCAGUAGCUCAGUAUACAGAGGCUGUGGGACGGUCACAAAUGCCACCUUAUUGGGGUUUGGGUUUCCAGCUAUGCAAAUACGGUUACGACAAUUUGACGGAAAUGCAGGCUGCCGUUGAUCGGACCGAAGCUGCCGGAAUCCCACACGAUGUUCAAUAUGGUGAUAUUGAUAUUAUGCAUAUGGAGCUGGACUUUACCGUGUCUGAGGAUCGGUUUGGAGGCUUGCCAGCGUACGUUCAAGAGCUAAAAGCUAAAGGCAUCAAGUUUGUCACCAUUUUGGAUCCGUUCAUCAGUAUUAUCGAAGGCCCCGAUUAUCGCCCUUUUACAUUGGGAGAACAGAUGGACGUAUGGGUGAAAAAGGCCGAUGGCACCCCUGUAACUGGGCGGGUGUGGCCCCGCGAUCAAACUGCUCCCGUGUUCUUCCCUGACUACUCCAAACCCUCUUGUCAAGAGUGGUGGCGAAUUUUGAUUGUCGAGUUUCAACAACUUUUAGCAUUUGAUGGUCUAUGGAUUGAUAUGAACGAACCUGCAAACUUUGAUAGUGGGGAUUCUAAUGAAGGUUGCGCUGCGAAUAGGUGGAAUUAUCCCCCAUUCAAACCAGGUUUUUCGACACAGAAUCUUGCAGAGAAAACAAUUUGUCCUGAUCAUGUGGACAACGUGUCGAUUCAUUACAACACGCACUCUUUAUAUGGCUGGUUCGAAUCCAAGCCGACCCUUGUUGGAGUACGUGAAGCAACUGGGAAACGUGGCCUUGUUCUUUCGAGGUCGACAUUUUUGGGUUCGGGAAAAUGGACUACUCACUGGCUAGGAGACAAUUGGUCUCGGUGGUCAAACCUUCACUAUUCCAUCAUUGGUGUAAUGCAAUUCAAUCUGUGGGGCAUUCCAUACGUGGGACCUGAUAUUUGUGGCUUCAUUGGUUAUUCUAAUGCUGAUUUGUGCCAGCGAUGGAUGGAACUUGGGGCAUUCUACCCUUUCUCCAGAAAUCACAAUGGAAAAGGCAAUAUUGACCAAGAUCCCGCGGUUUGGGGUCCUGCUGUUGCGGCGUCGUCAAAAACCGCAUUGGAAGUGAGAUACACACUGCUGCCAUACUUGUAUACACUUUUCUACAAGCACGCCACCGGAGGUAGCGCUGUUUUCCGACCAUUAUGGUACAACUAUGUCAGCGACUCUAUGACCUAUCCCGUGGACGAGCAGUUCAUGUGGGGUUCUGGAAUUCUUAUUUCUCCUGUGCUCCGAGAAGGAGCGACGUCUGUAGUAACCUAUUUUCCUGACAAUCGGCACUUUGACUACUACACUGGAAAUGAAAUUACUACUCGAAUGGGAACUUUAACCCUUGCUGCACCAAAGGAAGUCAUCAACGUGCAUUUGGCAGGAGGAAAUAUAAUUCCGACUCAAGAACAUGCAAGGAACACGGAAGCGGCGAGGAACAAUCCAUUUGGACUAACCGUAGUUUUGAAUGACGCUGGAAGUGCGAGUGGUUCUUUGUUUUAUGACGACGGAGAAGGCAUCGAUACUCAUCUUAAUGGACAAUACUUUUACGUUGAAUAUUCCAUGAUGUCUGGGUCCUUAACUUCCACUGUCGUAAUGGAUGGGUAUCCCGAUAUGGCUACGAAGACGUUGGGAACGAUUCGUCUUCUUGGUUUCGGACCAGUGACGAGUGUCACCGUGAAUGGAGUAACGACCAGCUUUACUCAAAAGCCAAAUGGGGAGGUGAAUUUGACUGGAUUAACAUUAGCAGCAAAUUCUGAAUUCACUAUUGUAUUCUCAUAAAUUUGAAAGAUAAGAAAUGUAAAUAUAUGCCCACAUCUAAAUGCUGAUGAAAUUGUUCAUUAAAAUGCAACUUGAUUUGUUUAUCGAAAAUA